AUGGCUGAUCCAAGGUUCAAUGUUCCUUUUCAUGAGUCAUCAUUUGACGCUCCACCUUCCCCAAACUUUUUUGAUUUCGAUUUAUCCAAUACUUCACUGCCCCAAUUACAAACUCAUGAUCAACAUGAUGAAGUUCAACAGGGUGGUGGUAAUAAUGAUCAUAACUAUUCUGAAUCGGAUCCAAUGAUUCAAGAUCACAUUGUGCACGAUAGUAGUUUCCCCUAUGGUGGAGGACGGAACUUUGAAGCGGGUGGUUCAUCAUCACAAAUGCAUGGGGAUGGGUUUCAAAGUCAGCAUCAUGCAAAUGAGAAUUUAGGAGGGGGGUCACAGAGUCAAAACAAUCAAGUGCUCGCACUUGAUUAUUGGCCCGUGCCACCAGCCCCAUUUUUUUGCAGUUGCUGUCAAGUUCUUAGAGAAAUUGUUCACACUAAUGGUAUUAAGUUCGAAAAGCUUGAGAUUCACGGAAGGCUCGGGGUGAUUAGCCAUGCAAUUCACCAUAAGAAUAUCAGCAGGGGUUCUACAAGCAACCCUCAAUAUGAAAUGAUUGAGUAUGUUCUAGUUCUUGCUACUACUUUUGUUUUUUGUGGUAAUUUCGUUGAAGAGAGUUUUUGCCAGAGAAACAUUGAAGAAGUGAAGCAAUUCCUAAUCCAGUAUUGUCAGGGGCAAAGUUCAGCAGGCUACUUUAUUAUGCAAGAUCCGAUGUCUAUCUAUUAUGAUGCCCUCUGCACUGGAUUGGAUUGGACUGAAGAUAUAAAUGAUGACUUUGUUGAUUUGAAUCCAUCAGCACCAAAUGCUGAUGACACGGAACAAGAAGCUGACAAUGAAAGGGCUCCUAAAUUACCCAUAUCAGCACAGAGGGAGAGAGCGGCUAAGAUGCAAUUGAGUGAUGUAAGCGAUUACUUUCAUCUACCUAUUGAUGAAGCAGCUAGGCAAUUGAACUUAUCUACCACUGUUGUGAAGAAAAUUUGCCGUAAGGCAGGAUUAGCACGAUGGCCUCACAGAAAGAUCAAAAGCGUUUGGAAGCAAAUCACAAUACUCACAAGAACAUUAUUAGAAUCAGAAGAUGAAGAGUCAAGGGAAAACACUCAAGCUGAAAUUAACAGACUUGAACAUGAUAUGAUCCAGCAUUGUGGUGGAAUUGCACCAACUGCAUUAAAUUUGGAAAACUUGGACAUAUAG